GUACAGUCGUGUGUAGUGCAGGUAGGGUUUAGUACAGUCGUGUGUACUGCAGGUAGUGUUUAGUACAGUCAUUCAUUUAUUUCAGUUUUAGGGCCAAUUUAAAAACAUGUCCUGUCUCAAAUGUGCACAGUAUGCCUAGUUACAUUUUAGAAAUUUUCCUUUUUCAUUUGGGGGUUGGAAUUUUAGAAAAAAAAGCAGGUAAAGGUAAACGUGUACAAUGCGGGAGGCUGAAUGAAAUUCAAAUGUGGAUGUUUGCAGCCGGCAAGAACAGGUUAAGCCCUCAGUGUUUGUUUCUCUCGCUACAAAAGAAAACCCCAAAAAGUAAAGGACAGAAAAGUGAUUCCCUUUUUUUUUAUUAAACUACAUUUUUUUUCUGUUGAAUGCAAUGCUACUACUGGUCUGUAGAAGGAAUCUACGCACAGGUUAGGAAAAAAAUUAAAAACAUUGUUUUUGUUUUGAUAUAUACAGACGUGCUCAAAUUUGUUGGUACCCCGCCACAAAAACGAAGAAUGCACAAUUUUCUCUGAAAUAACUUGAAACUGACAAAAGUAAUUGGCAUCCACCAUUGUUUAUUCCAUAUUUAAUAGAAAUCAGACUUUGCUUUUGAUUUUUUUAUUCAACAUAAUAUUGUAAAUAAUAAAACAAAUGAAAAUGGCAUGGACAAAAAUGAUGGGACCGCUAACCUAAUAUUUUGUUGCACAACCUUUAGAGGCAAUCACUGCAAUCAAAUGUUUUCUGUAGCUCUCAAUGAGACUUCUGCACCUGUUAACAGGUAGUUUGGCCCACUUUUCCUGAGCAAACUGCUCCAGCUGUCUCAGGUUUGAUGGGUGCCUUCUCCAGACUGCAUGUUUCAGCUCUUUCCAUAGAUGUUCGAUAGGAUUCAGAUCAGGACUCAUAGAAGGCCAGUUCAGAAUAGUCCAGUUUUUUGUUCUUAUCCAUUCUUAGGUGCUUUUAGCUGUGUGUUUUGGGUCAUUAUCCUGUUGGAGGACCCAUGACCUGCGACUGAGACAGAGCUUUCUGACACUGGGCAGUACGUUUCACUCCAGAAUGCCUUGAUAGUCUUGAGAUUUCAUUGUGCCCUGCACAGAUUCAAGGCACCCUGUGCCAGGCGCAGCAAAGCAGCCCCAAAACAUAACCGAGCCUCCUCCAUGUUUCACUGUAGGUAUGGUGUUCUUUUCUUUGAAAGCUUCAUUUUUUUGUCUGUGAACAUAGAGCUGAUGUGACUUGCCAAAAAGCUCCAGUUUUGACAUAUCUGUCCAAAGGACAUUCUCCCAGAAGGAUUGUGGCUUGUCAAUAUGCAUUUUAGCAAAUUCCAGUCUGGCUUUUUUAUGUUUUUCUUUCAAAAGUGGAGUCCUCCUGGGUCUUCUUCCAUGGAGCCCACUUUCGCUCAAAAAGCGACGGAUGGUGCGAUCAGAAACUGACGUACCUUCACCUUGGAAUUCAGCUUGUAUCUCUUUGGCAGUUAUCCUUGGUUCUUUUUCUACCAUUCACACUAUCCUUCUGUUCACUCUGGGGUCGAUUUUCCUCUUGCGGCCGCGCCCAGGGAGGUUGGCUACAGUUCCAUGGACCUUAAACUUCUUAAUAAUAUUUGUCACAGGAACCUCAAGCUGCUUGGAGAUGGUCUUGUAGCCUUUACCUUUACCAUGCUUGUCUAUUAUUUUCUUUCUGAUCUCCUCAGACAACUCUCUCCUUUGCUUUCUCUGGUCCAUGUUCAGUGUGGUGCACACAAUGAUACCAAACAGCACAGUGACUACUUUUCUCCAUUUAAAUAUGCUGAAUGACUGAUUACAAGAUUGGAGACAUGUGUGAUACUAAUUAAAGAAACUAAUUAGUUUGAAAUAUCACUAUAAUCCAAUUAUUUAUUAUCUUUUCUAAGGGGUACCAACAAAUGUGUCCAGGCCAUUUUAGAAUAUCUUUGUAGAAUAAACAAUAAUUCAUCUCUUUUCACAGCUUCUUUGCUUUAUUCUAUGACAUACCAAAGGCAUGCAAGUAUACAUGAUAAAAUAGCUUUUAAUUUCAUCACUUUUCAGGAGGAAUGAAGCAUUAUUUCAAUGAGCUGUAAGGGUAGCAACAAAUUUGAGCACGUCUGUAUAUAUAUAUAUAUAUAUAUAUAUAUCAUUCUGCUGCUAUUGUAUAUAUUAGCUGCUGGACCUUCUGGUAAACUAACAAAACCACUGACCCAUUAACCUCAGUGGAUGUUAUAUUAGGCACUUGCUAAUGCUUUUGAACUUUACUGCCUGGGACUGAAGCUUUUUUUAUGUCUGUGAUCCAUAUUGCAUCAUUUUGUGUUCCCACAUAUGUUUGAAUGUUAAUUAAAAUGAUCAUUAACAAAUGAUCAUUAAUAAAGUGUUCAGAUAAGUUAUCUAUAUCUAUAACUUUGGAAUUUAAAAAACCUCCCCUGCAGUGUCAUGAUAAAUUGGCUUAACGUGAGUAAAUAUCUGAAAAACAAAGUCUAAAUCUAGUGACGAUGCUUCAGGUUGAUAUUGAAGAAUGAGAAAGCCAUGCCUUUAACCCCAAGUUGUGAUUUAUGAAGCUUUGCCAGCAUGCGAGUUGCUGAGUGAAGAGGAGCACACUGGCUUGGAAGACAGAAAGCAGGAGCCGCUAGACACUGACAGUAGAAAUCCGAGCGAAGGAUUGGAGACAGUUAACGACUGAUCGAAAAAAAAAACAAAAGAGGAGCAAGUGAACCCUGUUGGAAUAGUGCUGUCAAAGCAAGCGAUGAAAGGAAGAUUGUGUCUGAAAAAAAUGAUUGCUUUUACUCAUACCCCGAGGAAUCUUAAAACUGCGGGGAUGGAAACAAGACUCCCAGUGCACAGCAGUUUGAUCCUUUCCUGGUUAAGUAAAGCUUUGCAGUUCCUCCACUUAUCUUAACUCGUGGCUGGGGGCCGGGAGCAGGGCUGUGUGGCUGGAGCGAGCCGGACCUGCUGGACUAUGCACCCCUGGGGCUGGCCUGCCCCCCUGAAUGCACUGGCCGGCGGGUUCCCAGAGCAGGAGGCACGGCAUGGUGAGCACCUUCAAGAUCGCCAUCCUCGGGGCACAGGGGGUGGGCAAGACCGCCAUCGUGCGGCAGUUCCUCUUCAACGAGUACAAUGAGGCCUACCUGCCCAGCAAGACCCGGCGCGUCUACCUGCCUGCCGCCGUCCUGAACGAGCACGCCCACAACCUGCAGAUCAUGGACUUCCCGCCGAUCGCAUCAUUUCCUGUCAACACACUCCAGGAAUGGGCUGAUGCCCGCUGCAGAGGGGUCCACAGUGCUCACGCCUACAUCCUCGUCUACGAUAUCUGCUGUUUCGACAGUUUUGAGUACAUCAAGACCAUUCGACAACAGAUAUUGCAAACCAGAAUGAUUGAGACGCCCAUCAUCAUCGUGGGGAACAAGCGUGACCUGCAGAGUGGGCGUGUCAUCCCCCGGAGGAAUGUGUCCAACCUGGUGAAGAGGAGUUGGAAGUGCGGCUACGUCGAGUGCUCUGCCAAGUACAACUGGCACGUCCUGCUGCUGUUCCGUGAGCUGCUCCAGAGCAUGGGCUGUGCCCGCUGCAAACACGUGCACGCUGCCAUCCGCUUCCAGGGAGCCCUGCGCCGAGACCGCUGCAGCCUCAUGUGAGCGGGACUCGCCCUGGCUGUCAUGGGCACGGAAAGAAUCUGCUGUCAAGCAAGUCGUUACUAUAGACUGCUGGUGACAUUCCAGCCUGCUGUGGGCCACGAUCACAAACAAACCUCAUUCAUGUCAUCAGUCUGACCAAAUUAGGUUUCUACCGUGCUUUAUUCUCAAUAAUGAUCUGGUUGACCUUUGAAAAAAAAUAAUAAAUCACAUCUGAGGCACCUCUCAGAAUUCCCUUCAACUGCAAAGGGUGACGUCUCAGCCACUUAACGUAUUCUCUUCAAUGACCUGCGCCUCCUUUAGAAAUCACACAUACAGCUAUGGCCAAAAGUCUUGCAUCACCUUACAGAAUUAACAAAUUUAGCUUCAUAAAGUCAAAUGAAACCUGCUGAAUAAUGUUACGUUAACAUAUUUAAUUACAUACUGCUUUUUAGUUUGACAUAUACGAAAAACUGAAGAAAAAAAAAAAGUGAUGUUUCAAAAUCUAACAUUAAAUACUGUACUAAUAUUAUGGCUUCACGUAGAUGUUUGCGAUAUCAUUUUGUUGUUUCUUUGACUACAUGAUGUUAAAUAAAAGAUCAGAAUUAUGUUCAUAUAUAUAUAUAU